CCGGGCAGAGGCAGGAAAUACACUUGUGAGAAACUUCGCUGUGAACGAGUAGCGAUAUCUGACACAGCACGUGCACAACAGUCACUGACAACCCAUUCUGGCCUGACUGUCGCCUUACUCACGUACAGUUAGACGUAUCUCAACGCGUAAGAUUGCAGGAGAACAGACUCACAAAAGCACGAGAGACAGAGGAGUGAGUAUGCACGCCCACACAAUCUUCGUGGCCCUUUUGGCCCUCUCUGCCACUGCCCACGCCCACGCUCUACCCCUCGCACCCGAGAACGAGGAUAUGAACCCCACGUCCUACACCGAGGAGGAGAUCAACGAGGAUGAGGACAUCUAUGACUACAACAGGUACGAGGACGAGCGUGAGGAGCACCAACACCGGAGGAACAACGACGGCCCGUCUUCUUUCCCAGCGACAGUCAACCACGACCCCCUGGCCGACCCCGCGAAUGUUACUGAGGAGGAGGGCAACCUCAACAGCGCUCGUGACCUGGCUCGGCUCAGCAUCAUGGAUAGGCUGCUCAUUGCCCUCGGGCCGGCCUUCAGCGAGAAGCUUCCCAAGGCGCCCUCCAACGACACUCUCGCCACCGUGCCCACGCCCAUCAACAUCACCGCAGAGCCGUGCCCAUACAAAUAUAAGAGAUGCUCCUCGCAGACGUUCUUCCCUUCGUGCGACAUCCCCCGCAACACCGACCCCGCCGUGUGGCCGCAGAAGUUCAACCUGUUCUUCAACCUCUCGACCGACUUCGACAACAAGCUGGACGUGAUCAACGCCACGCUCCGCCUCUUCAAGAACAGCACCGUGCCCUUCAACUCCCCUCAGACCUUCCUUGUCAACGUCUUCGCCUACACACGCAGCCUCACGCGCAGACGAGCCAAGAUACAGCUGGUGGCCGACGCUCAGGUGUCCAGCGACUACAUCGGCUGGGUGUCGCUGUCCGUGGACAGGAUGGUGCGCCGCUGGAAGAAGCAGAGGAACAAUCACGGCCUCUUGGUGACCGUGACCGACUCCGACCAGACCUCGUGGGACGCCCCCAAACUCUUCGUGAUCAUGGACUGCGCCUCCGGUAAUACCAGUCUGGUGCCGCUGCCCUUCGAGGUGCAGACGGACGAGGAAGGCCAGCGCUACCCUGCCCUCAACGUCCGCCAGGGAAGCCUUGACGACGAGUCACUGUGGCCGGAGAAGGAGGUGGCGGAAGCAGCAGCAGCAGCGGCGGCGGCGUCGGCUGUUAGCCCGGUGUCCCCCCUGCUGCCCGAGGCCGUCACCUUCAGCAUGCAGAGCGACGACCCCCGCCUGUACGACGAGGACGAUUACGCCGACGCCACCCUGCGCCAGCCCACCGCCCCCACCCACCUCCAGCCUCACCCCGAACAUGGCCCGGAGAUUGCCUAUGCUCAUGGCCACAGCGCUAUUGCUGGCCCUGGACUUCUGACUGAGCGGGAGAAACCCCUGGAGGCCGGCCAUGUGCCUAGGAGACUCUCCUCUCACGGACCCGACCGCAUCCAGAUUCACGGGGUGAGUUUCGGCCACAGCGCAGGCUCCUCCCACAGCCGCUCCGUCAGCAGCAACAACCUCAACAGGCAUCAAGGACACGCCCUCAAUCAGGAAUACAGCCACCAAGCGACGGUCGUUCCCUUCAGCGCACAGGAAGAAGUCGCGGCCGAGGCGAGCCACCGUCUCCACCCGACCCCCGCCACGCCCGAGGUCCAUCACAGGGGCGGUUGGGGCGAGAGAAGCCACUCCGGCGAGAGGCAGGAGCCAAUGCCCUCCGCGGAGGAAGGCCGCGGCCACAGACAGCGCGGAGGCAGCAGGGAGCGGCGCCAGCGGAAGAAGCAGACGCACCACCACCACCGCCGCACCGAGGAGCGCCGCGCCACCGUAUGAGCGCCGUGGCGGACGCGUCCUCCCUUGCCUCAGGAAGCUAGAGUUAAGAGGCGUCGCCCGCCUGGGGAUCCUGCUCACAGCGCCGCGCAGGACUCUCGGCCACGAGAUGGGUGAAGGUUGAAGAAAAGACCGAGCGACUCGCUGUGAAAAUGUUUUCCCCCAAGGCAGACGGAUGAGGGAGAGAGAGAGAGAGAGAGAGAGAGAGAGAGAGAGAGAGAGAGAGAGAGAGAGAGAGAGAGAGAGAGAGAGAGAGAGAGAUGGGGAGGGAGAGAGAUGGGGAGAGAGAGAGAGAGAGAGAGAGAGAGAGAGAGAGAGAGAGAGAGAGAGAGAGAGAGAGAGAGAGAGAGAGAGAGAGAGAGAGAGAGAGAGAGAGAUUAGACUUUAUCGAGUUCCAUAUUAUUACCACAAAGUCGAUGGUUUCUGGUUGUCAUGUGUACUUCCGUGCUUAUGUGAACCUGUAUGUCCGUGUGAGUGAGAACGGCCGCUGGACCUUCACCGGCGCAUGCGGUAUAUCGCAUUCCAAGUCAUUUCCAUUAAGUCAGUUCUGUGUACCUUGACUAACAAGUGCCAUAACGCCAAGUCAUCUAAUUCAUAAGGUUUCGAAACAGUGAGGUGUCAUAAAAAGGAUUUUCUUGCCCAAUUUUUAUGGGUAAUUCCUAGCUUCAUUAGCCUCUGAAGCUCUGAAACGUGAAAGCAAAAUGGAAAGGGCUUGCCAUUUACCCGUGGCCUCACUGUUCCGCGUUAGUUUGUAUUAAGUUAUUGAUUAAGGUGCAUUUAGAAUGCCAUAGGUCUAGAUUUUAAUGUUAAGAGCUCAGUUGCCUGUAAUAUAAUUUCUCUUUCCCUUCCCCCUUUUAUUUAAGUCAUAUUCUCUAUAUGAUAUGUUUAGUUGUUAGUGGCAUAUCUUUAAACGGGUAUUACAGUCAGUCAUUUCUCCGAAUACGAAAGUACCUGCUUUAUGUUCCGUGGUCUUGGCCCACCUGACCGCUACUACCUUCAGCCUCCUCAGGUCGCGGGUCGUAGUGUUGUCCCUGAUCAGCACAGUCCUCACGCCCCCUGGUGGCGUCGAGGGCCGUGGUGUCGCGCGAUUCGUGAAGUGAAAUCCUUUGAAAUCCUCCACUUGUUAUGUCAACGUAAGACUGAUUUUACCUGUGCUGCAGCUGUUAAGUAAUGCUUAUAGAUGCGUUAUAUGGGUCCAUCGUUACUUUAGUCACAGUGAAUUGCGUGUACGAUUGCGUGUGCGUCUGUGUGUAAUUGUGAUGUUCAAUGAUGUACAAAAUCUCAGUUCUAGUUGUCCGACGCUCUGAGAUUCCUUCGACAUGAGAAUUUGUUAACAGUAAUGCUUAAAAGGCAAAUUAAUAUGGGACGAAUGAAAAGAAGGAAUAUGGAGCAAGGAAAACUAGGGAAAACAAAUAUUAGUAAAAAAACAACAACUGAAAAACAUGCUUCUCGACAGCAACAAGAAAUGCCCCUGAGAGUGCUGGGCGGACAUCUGAUGGCUAAUUGCGACCUCCGUGGCACUCUCCGACGGGCAUUUUGGCACAGCAGUGACGUUGUAUGCUACCCACUUGUACUAUAGGGAGAAAGAGCCUGAUGACUUAGGCUGCAUAGAAGAGAGGGAGACAGGAAGAAGGAAAAAGAGACGAAGAAGGAGAAGUUGAUGAUGAUGGUCUUGCAUGUCCUCUUGGCAUUCUUGGCCCUCCUGACCUCUGACCCAGAAGGACGGAAGUGACCUUUCCCUAUCAUUUCGUCUGUACUCGUAUUGAUCUAAGAGCUGUGUGUGUAUUUGUGUGUAUUUUGUCCUUUCAUCUCCUCGUUGAAGGUCAUCUCGUUAGUUACAGUGUUAGCAGCAAAAUCGUCGUCACUUUCUGAUACGUGAGGUCAACACAUUAUUUCGUUCUCUCUUUCGGUAGCGUGGACACCCAUUAUUCUCUUCGCUCUUUGGAUUCCUUGUUUGUUCUUCUUCGUGUCCUCUUUUUGGUGGUCGAUGUUGUUGUGCUUUGCGAGCUUUUUUUUUUAGAGAGAAUAUAGUCGUUCGCUGCUCGUAUUGCACUCUAACAUAGGCGUUAGUACUUACAAAUGAGCAGAGAGUUAAGAAACGGAUACAGGAUUCAAUCAUCCACAAACUUUAGAAAUGGAAGGCCGGAUCCUCUCCAGGAGACCCGAUUCCCUCUGGGAAUCUGGCCAGCCGACUGCUACUGGAUGUGUGUGUGUGUAUGUGUGUUUAUUGUAAAACUGUAUAUAUAGUAAUUUUAUCCUGACUGUACAUAUAGAUUUAUUUUAUUUCAUUAAAUAAUUUUCUAGCUAUCUAA